AUGGCGCCCUCCCUGAUCGUCGACUGCUACAACAACAACGCCCACUGCGUAAACAUGGUACAACGCCUCAAAUUCCUCUCCUACGUCGGCGGCGCCCUCCCCGAGGAAGUAGGCAACGUGCUCACAACGCGCAUCAAACUAAUGACGAUGAUGGGCUCGUGCGAAACCGCCCUGCAUCCACUCGAACUCAACCCGGACCCGGCCGACUGGCAAUACCUAACCAUCAGCCCGUUCCUGGGCCACACCUUCCGGGCGGACCGCGACGGGCUCUCCGACCUCGUCUUCACCCGCGACCCGCGCUUCGAGCUCUUCCAGGGCGUCUUCCGCACCUUCCCGGACAAGACCGAGUUCGCCAUGGGCGAUCUCUUCGAACAGCACCCGCGCCGUCCGGAGUCAUGGGUCUUCCGCGCCCGCACAGACGACAUCAUCGCCUUCACCACCGCCGAGAAACUCAACCCCGUCACCAUGGAGAGCGUCAUCUCCGCAAACGCCAAGGUCAAGUCUGCCGUCGUGGGCGGCCAGGGCCAGUUCCAGGCGUCGGUGCUCAUUGAGCCGUAUACGUAUCCGCGGAGUAAGGAAGAAGAGGACCAGUUCCUGCGUGAUGUCUGGCCGAGUAUUCUGCAGGCGAAUCGGGAUUGUCCGGCCCAUGGACGUAUUAUGCGCGGCUUUGUGAUGCUGACGAAGCCGGACAAGCCGAUGCCCAGGGCGGGCAAGGAUACCGUGCAGAGGCAUCAGGUGUUGAAGUUGUAUGCGGAGGAGUUUAGGGAGUUGUAUGACCGUAUGAGGCCGCAUGUGAAGAAGGAUGGGGUUGCUGUGCAGGAGGUGGAGAGGGAGGCAGUGGAGGUGGAUGUUGGUGAGGGUGACCUCGAUCGUAGGGUCGAGGAGGCGCUGCAGCGGGUUUUGCCUGGCGCGGUUGAACGCGCUGUGCAGGAUGUGUUGGCGCGGUUGCUUGCUGGGCUGACGGGGCAGCUGGCGCCUGUGGCUUCGCAGAGUGUUCCUGUGCAGCCGCCGGUGCAUGUCAAUGGGGAGGUGAAUGGGGUGACAAAUGGGGUGACAAAUGGGGUGGAGGAGGUGGUCCAUCCGGGACCGCCUGAGUUGAAGAAAGUCAUUUAUGACCAGCUGGGUGAGAACAUCGAUAUUAGGGAGGUCAAGGAUGACUCGGAUUUGUUCCAAUUUGGGUUGGACUCGCUGGUGGUCAUUGAUUUGACCAACGCACUGAACACCUAUAUUAUCAAAUGGAGGCCAGGGAAGGAGUUGUUGGAGCCGAAGGUGGUGUAUGAUAACCCAACUGUGGAAAGGAUACUGGGUCUGGUUGAGGACGCUGGGAAAGCAUAA